GCCGACGGCAAAGAGAAGAAAGAGCUGACCAAUGAGAUGGCAGGAUGCCAGUGCUGACAAAUGAGAUUGCGGAUGACAGUCUCAUCCUCCAAUGAAAUCCCAUUAUUCCACGCUAUUCCGAGCACCGGUGGUACUUUAAGAGCCUUGGAUUGGAAGACGAUUUGGUGGCAAACGUUUUAAAUUGCAAGAAGCGUUUCGAAUCAAGUAUUGGGCAAAACGCACCUUUCAUGAACAGACUUGAAAAUAGCAUCAUAAAUAAGAUUUGCCGCAAAGAUGCUAAGAUACUUACAUGGCUAAAUUGGAGUGUCAUGGUGAGGCAAAACAACAACCUUGUUGAAUGUGUGGCGAUAAAAUCGACAGUUGUAAGAAAUGAAUUUUCAGAAAUCGGCGACAAGGAGAUGAAAUCAGAGGUAGAAAAGCUUUCGAAGAAUAGCUUUUCGCAGAAGGUUUGCUUCUUAGAUGAAUCAAAAGAAGGUUCUUCAAAGGAAGCCUCGGAUACCGAUGAUAUGAAGCCAUCCAAAGCACACAAGGUUCCAUUGGCCACUUUUUCGAAAAAAAUAAUGGAAUGGCUUCACUAUGGUCUCCAUGGUGGUGAAAAGCCAACUGAAGAAGCUACAGCGACAGCGUUGGACCAGAAUAUGGUGACAAAACUCCGUUCCAUUCAAGAAACAGUUAUUAAAAGAUUGGAUGAACCUUUGUGCCCAUUAGAUGGUAUCGACCCUGUCCAGGAUAUUUUGACACCAAGGUCAAAAAGAAUCUACGAGACAUAUACUCCAAGAAGAAAAGAGGCAUUUGAAAAGGGAAUGGAAUGGCAAUCAAAUCAAAGGAAAGGAAGGGUAACAGAUGCCUCAACUAGCCCUUCAAAAUAUGACUUUCUAGAAGAGUCGCAAAGAAUUCCUACAGCAAAGAGAAAUCUCUUCGCCGACGGCGCAGUGGGAAUUUGGGCAAAAUCCCCAGAAAAAAUAGCUGGUCACCAAUUUACUGAAUCUCAAAGCGCACAUCACGAGGAAAGUGAUCAGUCAUGCACACUUAAGGCUGAUACUCCAGUGCAAAAUGUGCAAAGGGAGAGGCGACCAAGGCGGGAAACAAAACAGUAUGGGUAUGGAUCGAAAGAUCAAGGUGGAGGGAGGAGAAACCGUCGUGAACGACAGUUUUGUAUAUACAAAAAGGAUCCGGAUGGCAAGUAUUCACCCUUAAUUGAGUGUUCAGGUGACCCCAAAAAUUGCCCUGGAAAGAAUUGGUUCCAUACCAAAUGCCUCAAAAUAAAAGGAGACCCACCAAGUGGAGAUUGGUAUUGCGCUGACUGCAUCAGACACAAACAAAAUACAAAGCCAGUCUCAUUCAAAAGAAAAAGAAAAGAAUAGACUAACAACAAUUCAUACUGCAAUUAAAUACAGCCACUAUCUCUAUCUCUCUGGCCGUUUAACUUAAAUUUUUAAAGAUAAAAGAUAACUUUUUUAAUUUUUCUGCCAUUUGUAUUAUCUUUGAAGUUUUUCUUUUCUGACUCAUUCUACACAAAGAUGGGCGGUCAUCUAGAUGAAUCUAUUUAAUCAAAACAUCUAUAAAAAUUAGCACUUUGAUUCACAUUUUAAAAAAGGGAUACUAAGCUUAAUUGUCAAUGCCCAAUAAUUUACAUGACAGCUUCAAGAUGAUUUUUGAAAGCCUC